AUGCUGUGGUGUGGAUUUUUAGGUAGGAUUUUUGAGACUUUUGCAUGUCAUUCCAAAUUUUUUUCAGGGCUUGAAUUAUUCCCGAGGCUUCCCACCUCUUUCCGAGCCGAUCUUGAGGUACGCCUUUUCGAACUUUUUUUUUUGAUUUUCAGGCAGAGAAGGGAGGAAAAUGGUCAUUUCCUUUUAUGUUACGUAAUUUUUCAUUUCGAAGAUUCACUAGAAAAUAUUUUAAGAAAAAAACAGAAAUUGUAUUAUUGACCUUGGAUAAAAAGUUGGAUAAAAAAACUCUUAAAUUCCUUUUCUUUGUUUUCAACAGAUCUUAUAGCGAAAUCAGAAACUUUAAUGUUUUUUUAAUCGAUUAUUUUCUACUAGUUGAUUGAAGGAUUUGCCGAAUCGGCAACUUCCCAUGAACCUGUAGACCUUCCCGCACUCACAUUGGCUGUAAAAUUUUUUGUUUUUAUUAAUAUUUUUUCAGUCGAUUCAUCGAUCUUUCAUCAUGAUUUCUAACUUCGAAAAGUUUUGCUACCUAUAUUUGAACCCGAAAAAGCCUAUGAUACCAUUAAGGCCCCUUUAGUAAUGGCGCAAAGUCGGUUAUUUUUCUUAAUGGCUCCUCAAUUUUUUUCCUUUUUUUUUCCUUAGUUCAUUUGCUUAAUAAUCAGUUUAAUAUUUUUCAUAAAAUCUAUAAGAUUCAGUAGAUUGAGUUUACUACUCCCAACGAUCUGCAAACUGAAAAUCAUCCGCAGUUUUUUUGAGAGCUCGAAAAAAUGCUUCAGGGUGUACUAAACGUUUGCUUCGAGAUCUUUAAUGAAAGUAUUUAAAAUGAAAGAAACUUUUCAAAGGAGCAUAGGAAACGUUUAUGAAAGUCUCGAAGCGAAUGCUUUUCUUCAAACGUCAUUUAGAGUUACGAGCUUUUCCUCAGAAACUGCGGCGACUGAAAUAUGCCAUAUUCUUCAAUUUCCUUGAUAUUAGCUUCCAAAAGAUCAUACAAAAAUGGUUUGCAAUUCACUAACUAUUUCCGUAACCUGUCAGUUCCCAGUGACUCUAGAGAUUUUCGAGGUCCUUUCCCUCUUUCGAAAAGUGAAGAAGGCUGAAAAAGGAGUGAUUUUGGUGGGGAGAACACUUUUGGACCGCAGAUGUGACACACACUCACAUACAGCCAGCCAGGCGCUUGUGUUAGGAGAUAUUGGGUGACUCUAUGUGUCAACGACUUUAAUUAAACGCCGAUGGCCCUCUUUGCUUCCCAUCUCUCCAUAAAUGCAACGAAUUUUUUCUCAUUUUGGACAUACUUGAACAAAUCUUGUUGGUACGGUAGUUGAGAGAACUUUGAUUGGACCCCUUUUUGUUGGUUUUUGAGGAAGCUACAAGCUAGAAAGUGCACGCUAGAAUUCUACAGAAAGAACAAUCCAAAAUUUCCGGUCGAUUUUUGUGUUAGGAAGGAUAUCAUUUGGGGCGCUGCUGAUGUGCCUUCAACUUUGAGCCCAACUUAUAAGUCUAACGGGCGCAUCUGGAAGGACUUGAUGCUCAGGCUGCGAAGCGGUCGACAUACGCUCUGCUCAUCACGAUUAAUGUACGAAAGCAUCAGAAAGUAUCAUAAAACCUGCGAAAUUUCGCUGAGCAUUUCAACCGCGAGCCAUUCCACAUGCGACGACGUAGUUGUAGAAGGAUCUUUCUUCAAAAAAAAUUUCAACUUGUAUUUUUUGAACUUGGCGAGAAACGAGGAUUUUUCUGGCCCUCGUCAAAAUGUUGUCAGUAACUCUCAGACUUUAUCUCUAAUUAGUUCAAAAAAAUAAAAUAAAAGGAAAAUUUACUAGAUUUCGAAACCAAAGAAAAAAGGAAGAAAUAUGGGUGGAAAUCCAUAUCAUUUUCACACAUUUCUCGUCUCUUCACGGCUCAUUCCAUAAUGACGCUUCCGAAGCUCUGGCGCCAGCUGUUUUUGCCUCGUUUGUUUUGUUUUUGUCCGUUUUUUGGUUGUUCCUUUUCUUUUUUGAUCAAAACCUUUACAGAGACAAAAUAAGCAAGUCUUCGAGUUGGAGCCUUUUUUUUAGACUUUUGAUCAUUUUUUGAAAAGGUAGUUUAUUUUUAGUGAAUACCGGGUGCCAAUGCUUUUUUUUUCAAUUAAAAAAAUGUUGGCUUCUGAAUUUGUUGAACUGUUGCGAAGACUUUUGCAAAAUCUCAUAUGGCUUCUGUUAGGUCAUGUUAGUCUUACCAGUUAUACUGUUCUUUUUGCGGAUUUUUGGGAGCAUAUCUUUAGUAUAAGAAUAGAUGUGACGCCAACUGUGGUUAAAACUUCCAAUUUUUUUCUGCAAAACUUUGUGUGACUCGUAAGUCGUGGAAGCAUUUCUUGCUGUUUUUCAAAUUAAAGAAAAAAAUAAUUCAUAUUAUUCUUGUCUUGCUUGCGUCUUUCUGUCGCCCCUCCAUGCGAUUGCGGCAGAUUCCGACCCCGAAAUGAAUGACGACUGCGAAUAACAUGUGUAAUCGUGCAUGGAAAAGGGGCGGCCGAGUGCAAGCCGAAACGUUGUCGUCCCGACAAUGUUUCCACUGAACCUUUUGUGACAACUAGUCCUUUUUACAGAAAUUAGAGCGGUUUGUCAAGAAUUUGCCGCGUUCAAAAGUUGUAGAGAAACGAAAAAUUGCGAGCUUACGGUUCACUAGAGAGCUCUUACCACCUCACUAAAACUUUACAAUUCCUAGUAUUUUUUUUGGUCUUAUGAUUCUUUGCCGUUGGUAUACUAUAAAAGGAAAAUAUUCUCGAUAACUAUUUUUCAAAGAGAUCUACAAAGAAAGGGACGUUUUUCGCUUCUUUUUUUUUUGAUUGGAUUUUUUUGGAGUUAUGGUCACGUUAUUUUUUUAUAUGAAUUGUAGUUGGAACUUUUUUUCUCUUGAACACCGUCUUUGAAAAAUUGGACCCUUUUCUCACCAGCAAAGUUAGUUUUUCUACAAGCUUCUGUAGAGUCGAAAAAAUUUCGUGUUUUCAAAAUUUUCCCACAGCUUUGCGAGUGGAGGUGGAGCUUAAAUCUGGCAAAGCUGGCAGGUUUAUCCGCAAGCUUUGCCAGAUUUUUCUCUUUUUUUUCUUGUUGGACGUGAUUUUUUUCCUUCUCUGAUUUCUAGACUUUGCUAUUGAACUAAUUUUUUUGAAAUGAAAAAAAUCAAUAAAAACCGUCAAAAGCUUGUUGAGUUGGUCGUUUCGAGACUUUGAGCCUAGAAAUCUUGCAGGUUGAGGUUAUUUAGAACCUUUAUUUGUACAUCAAAGAGUAUUUUUCUAGGAAUUCCCAGAGUGCAUAGUACAACUACCCAAGCCUUUUUUAUUGAUUUUCUACUGACUCGACAGUAAAGGACUUAACCGCACUGCUCACUUUCUCGACGUUUUGAGUCCUUUUCAAUUUGACACUCCCAGAAAAUUGAGUAAACAGGUGGGAAACAGUUAGGCUCUCCUCACUACAGUUGCAGUCAGCCGCCGUCUCGUGAGGAACGUCGCCCGUUGGGAGGAAAGGGCGCGAGGCAAAAAGGGUUUUUGUUACUCAACCGGUUGGACGGAGAGGCGGACUGCCACCCAACACCUCCUCCUCCUAUUCCUCCUACUUCUACCGAUUUGCCUCUUCUUUUUUUUCCGAAACCGCCAACCUUUCCGCUUCCGAAUAUGUUUUCCCGUUCGCUUCUAAUUGUAAACUAGACUUUUCGGAAUCAUUAUAAUCUGAGGCCGUAUGCAAUAAAGUGGAAAAGGAUUUUCCGCCAUUUUUCGAAAAUUCGAAAAUGACUAAACUUAGUCUUUUUCAGACUGAACGUGCUUCCUACCUAUCCGGAUCUUCUUAUAAAUAUUUAUCAUAUCAGAUAAAGUCAAAAUCAAUGAUAUCCUAGCAAGUUUCAGGCUUUUCUAUUUAGAGGAAAAUGGCGGAAAAUCAUUUUUCUCAUUAUUAUUCGGCCUCUGUUCGAAAAUUCGGGAUCAGCUGCUUGAAGGUGCAGAAGUCUUUCAUCACCCGAUAAAACAAACGCCGAAUCUUUAGUUCGAGACCUUUUUAGUUUCGUCUCUGCUUCUUUAAACGAUUUUCGAAUAGACUCGCUUCAUUCGCAGCUACUUGGAACAGUCUGACACGUCUGCGCUCUCUUUUGUCUCUUUGCCGCGGUUUUGAAGCAGCGGAACUAGCAAAUGUAUAGGAAUUCCUCGUUUAAUGGAAGGAAGUCAAAAACGCUAAGGACUGUUUUAGUUUUGGAGAAAGCCGUCCACCUUAUGUUUGAAUCUUCAUGAUUGUUCUAGAAAUCGUUUUUUUCCACUAACUAAGCAAGCACAAAUUGAUUACACACCGAGUGUAUGCGACUUUUUAAUUUACGUCUCUUCUUAAGUUUUUGGUUCUCCGGUCUCGAAAUCUUUAUUGGCCUCGAGGGCGUGCUUCCUUCCAAAGAGCACACGGCUGUUUUGAAUUCCAAUUUUCCAUAUGCCAUGUUUUUAUAAAGUUUCCUUGACUUCCUAUGCAUUUUUCGAACCUCAAAAACUGAAAAAUGGCAGCUUCGAAGCUUCUGAAGGCUUUUAUCUGCUUUCCAGAAGGAAAUUAAAUUCGUACCACAUUGGAAUUUCCUAUGGCAAACCUAAUUAAUAUUUUAUUACAUGUUGCGGAUUGGCAUGUAAUUUCGGACAGGUUUUUGAAAUUUAUUUUUUUUUCAGCUGCUGAUCGGCUUUCAGUGAGAUUGGAUAUGCUGUAGUUUCUCAAAUAAAACGAACUGAAAUCGGAGAUAAAUAGUCUUUAAAGAAGUUCGCAAAAUAAUCAUCCGAACCAAAUUCUGCAUUUAUAAAUUAUUUAAAAAUUUUUUUAGUUUUUCUAAACCUUGUCUUUUUUCCCCAACACAACCUGCUUUCAAGUUCGCGAGUUCGCGAGAAGACUUUUCGAUUUUUGUACUGGAAGGCCAUCGAAUUUCUCCUUGAGAAAAUCUUGAAAUCCUUGGGCACAAUCCGCGCCCAGAGUGUUUACUAAUCGGCUCGAGGAAAAGAAAGACUUUUCAAAGGCUCACACUCACUCGUUCACACACAGGCGCUCACGCCAAAACUCUGAUCGGCCUUCUUAAAAGGCUCUUCAAAAUCGGCUAGGCUUACUCAUCGGUUCGGCUUCUUGAGAAGAAAGGCUCUUCGUCAACCAUCUUCGAGGCUUGGAGAGACUUUGGACUUUUAUUUUCCCCUUCUUGAAGCAUGAUUUAAAAGUUCUCUCACUAAACACGAUCAGAAUAAGCUUUUUCUAGUUAUAGGAAACCAAAACCAGGCCUUUUUCGAAUUUUUAUUUUUAGGAUCGUUCAUAAGUUUUCUGGAAAUUCUCCGAAAAUCGGACCUGUUCUGGAAAAGACCUUUUUGCGUUUGCAACUUUUACUUUUUUGGAAAACUUUAGGGCCAGAUUAAUCGUCAGUGAGUUGAAAUCCUCAGUCUGACUAGAUAUAAAUCUCUUCCCUGCCUGUCAUAGCUCAUCUCGUCGGUAGAGCUCCGAUCCAAAUCUCUCUGAAGAUCGGCUUCUAUUGAUUCUAGUUAGUGGCACCGGGUCGGAGAAGUCGAUAGAAGAGCUCCUCGGAUGUAUUUGUUCUGCCAAACACAGAAGAGAGGUCAUCGUUUGCCGGCGACGGCUACUUAUUGGUUCUUCCACUUGCCCUCCAUUUCUGUUUCCUAUUGGUCUACCAACCACCCGAUCAAAAUUAUGACUAAAUCGUCUUCCUCGGCGCCGACGACUUCUUGUCCUUGACAUUUUGAGUCUUCUGUUGGGACUUUUUCUUUUUUUGAGAUAGAGGUUUUCAGUUUUUCGGUUUAAUCUGGCUGGAUCGGCGUCUUCUUGCGAAAUUUCUGAAAUUAAGAAAGUUUCGAAAAUGCUAGGUAGUUUUAUAGCAGAUUUGCGUACACCGCACAAACUUCCUGAGUGAGUAAUAUUUUUGGAAAGUAAUGUAACUUUUGUGACAAUCUCGCGGUGAAUCAACACACGAAUUCCCCACGCCUGCGACUGACAGCAGUACGGAUUCCUCUCAUUUCCCACCCCUGAAGUGGCUCCUCCCAUCUCCCAACCAACAUGUGCAGUUCUCCCACUUGGCUGCACCUCGAUCCAAUUUUUUUUUCUUGGCGAGUCUCCCUGACUUGCUGUGAUUUAGAUGGUGGCCCACAUAUUGACGCUUUUUCUAGAUGUUACUUUUUCUCGCAUGUUUGACUGCUGAGCCGAGCCGAAAAAUUCCGUAUUUUCCUCUUUUCUUUUUCAGUUUUUUUUUGUAAUCUCAUCAUUCGUUUUCGAAAUUUUUUUUUAACUUUAAGACGUCAGCAGCAACCAAAAAUUGACCGUUUGUUUCAAUUUUUGAUUCACAGAACCCCCUGAGCGACCUGAAAAUUCGGACUUUCAGGCGUUCACGAAAUAGAUCUUUUCUUGCUAGACAGGACUGAUCUCAAAAAGUAGUCAUCUGAGGGAAUCUGGCUUCAACGUUUUCAAUUUUCUAAAGAAAAAUCAUAACGUUUUCAAUCAAAAAAGUGAUCAUUCGAGAAGAAUGCGAAGUGCAGUUGACCUCGCCAAAGAUAGUCAUUCAAGGCAAAAAAAAUGUUUCCUGAAAUUCUAAUUGGGAAGAUAUUGAGAAUUUUUUUGAAGAGGACUUCUUAAAAAAAACUUUGAACUGCUCAGAUGAUUAGUUUUUUUGAUAUUAGCCCAAAAAAAAGUUAAUUUGGAAUUUUUGUAAAAAAAAAAGUCUGAUCGAUUUCCUCACAGAUUCAAAUUUGUUCGUUUUUGCCGGGGAGCGUAUCGAGUUUCAUCAGCUCACGGGCCAAAAAAUGGCCAUUCAAUUUUGAGUUUUUGCAACUUGUGCAUAGUUCUAACCGAACUUUUCGGAACCAAACAGUUGGCCGUGAUCAUAACUCGGUUUGCUUUCGACCCACGUAAUUCCCCCCUCCUCCUCCUCUUUGAUUGAGGUAUAUUGUUGCGCGGCUCAACUCCACCGGGUCGCCGUCGUUGCGCCAACUGGUUUUACGCCUCUUUUGCAACGUUGCCGACGCCAGACGGCCCUCCCUCGUAUCUCGGUUUCAGAUUGCCUUUCCCAAGAGUUUUUUGUCUUUUGUUCUGGCAAAGGUUCUGUAAGAAAACCGAUUUUUGGUAAUUUUUUUCAAGUUCUGUGGCUCAGGCCUUUGUGUUUUAAAAAAGCUUACUCUUCAACGUUUAUAAAUUGAAUUUCUAUUUUUGAAAUUUGAUUCCGAAAUAGACUGAAGAGCUUCUUCAGUUUUGAUUGUAAUCGAGCAAUUGACCGUUCAAACGCUAUAAAUGAGUCCUACCGGCUGAGCUGUACUUAAAAGCUCUCUGAAGAGAACCGCCUCUCUAAUUUCUGGCUGAUUUAAAAGUUUUACAGUGAAAUCUACUCGUUUUUUUCCGAAAAUUUGAUGAACGCGUGUUUUUUUCCUUAUUGGACCCGUAACACAAAUUUCUUGUUGACUGUUUCUACUCAAGUUUUUUUUCAUUUUGCUUAUUUAUAAAAUUUUAAUAUUUCAAAGUUUUAUAAGCAAAACUUGGCAGAAUAAGUAUUAAGGUUCAGGUGCAUUUCUAUCAGUUAUACGAAAAUUUUUUUUCUUUAUCAUUUUGGAUCCUGAACCAUAUUUACGCAACUUCAAAGCAUCAUUUUGACAAAAACUCCGCUUUGAUAAUUGAAGUAGCCAAUAUAAUAGAGAAUGAUAAGUUUUGGACAAAACCUACAAGUUUGAAAGUUGAAACAGAAAUAGAUUUUUAUUUGAUAAUUCAAAGGAACUCGAUUCUGAGAAUAAUAUAAAAACUGGAGAGGAUAUUCAUCUUCUUUUUUGUAAAUAAUAAGAACCCUGUCACCAUGGGUGUACUCAAUUUGAUGCGAGCACUGGAAUUAAAAAGUCAUGGUGAUUUUGAAAAGUUGAAAAUAGUUUUUAGGAGAAAGGUUCUGAAGGUUUCUUCGCGAAUAAGAAAUUUGGAUUCUGUUAAAAAGUUUAGUUUAGAGAAUCGUGUAUCUUUUUCUAACUGAAAUCAUUUUGAUGCCUCCUUGGAGGAAAAUAAAAUCCCUCGAUUUCGAAGGUUGAACCGAAUUUCAUUGACUAUCAAAAAAAGAAGAAAUUGAAAGAAUAUUGCAAUUGACACGCCCUGGAAGUGAGUGAUUGGAGUCCGGUUGUUUGGUAUUGAUGAUGAGAGAGCCCCGGAGGCCCCUAAAAGAUGCGACUUCCGGUGUGUCGUCGCUGUGCUUUUCUUCUUCUUCUCGCCUCGAAUUAGGCUAAGCUCAUAGGCUUUCUCGGCACUAUAUUCAUGUCAUCAAUUUUUUUUUUCGUAGUUUACUAAACAUCUUGUGAUAAUAUUUAUUAAAUUUUUUGUAAUUUUAUUUGAACUUUACUGAUAUAUUUCAUCAACCGUUCUUGUUCCUGAUUUUAAAGGGAAUGAGCUUUGAAAAAAAUUAUUUCAAUGAAAUAAAUGUUUUGAUUUUUGAUUGAUUGAAAUGAUCCAAUUCUAAAAAAGUUCAGGUUUGAAUGUUUUCGAGGCUCAUAAGGAUUUGAACGUCUUACUUUCGAUAAUUUGUUGCGAAUUAUAAUUUCAUAAAGUCUAUUAAAAGCCGAAUGGUAUAUCGCAAGUCUCGCGCAUCAUUUUUCUAUUAUUUUGCAAGGUGAAACCGUGGUACCAUCGUUAAGCUUCAGACUUUUCGAUAGACUUCUGGCACUAUCGCGAUUCCCCUGCCCGAUUCGUGUGUGACCAAAUUCACCUCUUGUAGCUCAGAUCUGUAGCUUCAAUCUUCUUCUUUUUCUGAUUUUUCGUUUCAAAGUAUUAUUUGACAAAAAUCAAAGACGUGUUUUAUUCUGUUUUGAGUCUCCACCCAUCUAUUAUGAUGCUCUUUUCCUGCGUUUGUACCUCACACUUAAUUGUAGUUAUAAAUCUACGUUUUCCUAUUAUUUUCUAUUUUUCUCUCUAUACCUACCAACACAUGCUGGUUUCACUUUUUCGCACUUUUCGCUAAUCUGCUCGUUAAAUUCGACAGUUUUGAACAAAACACGAACCACCAAAAAGGAGAUUUUUGGGUUUUGUUCGGUAGGCGAAACUGGCAAACAAGGCCGUUUUACCGCUACCUUCCCUCUUUUGUUGCAUUUUGCCAAAGUAUCUUUUUUGUUCACGUUUUAUUUAUUUUAUUUUUUCUCUGAGAACUUGUAGAAGAGCCGAAGUUUCAUUCAGAGAAGCGAUUCUUACGGGAAAUUUUCAGGUUUUUAAUCGAUUGCUGUUGAGAAUAUAGUGAAUUUAUGAGAAUAUUGAUUGUUUAACAAGAAAAAUCCUACCUUUUCUUGUGAAAAAAAAUCUGGAUACCUGUUUUCGGCGUAAUUGAAGUCGUAUUUCUGUUCUUUCUUUGCUUUCAUUUCACAUUUCUUUGACUCAAAAGGCCAAAUUUCUAUCACUAGUCUGUUUCAUUGUGAUCUUGUCUCAAAAUGUUGAACUUUUUUGUCUUAUUUUUUUUCAGUGAUUUAUGAAUUUUUUGUAGACAUUCAGUUGUUUUUAAUAUUUUCGGAACUUCAUUUGACUUGUUUUGACUUUUUUUCAAACUGUGCAAAACGGAUUUCGAUUUUUUUUUUUGAUGGUUUGUAAGCAGUAAGCUGUGAUUUGCUUCAAACGUUCAAGAAUAUUGUCAGCGUUCCUUUUUUGAAGCCAAAACUUUAUUUUUGCGAUUUCAGUGAUAAUUUCUGGAGUUCGGAUCUUAUUGAUUUUUCACGGGUUUCAUUUUGAUUAUUGAUUUUUUUUUUUUGUGCAGAAGCUCGGCGUGGAGAUGAUGACAGUCAAGUACAAUGGGACGUUGAGUCAGCCGUCUUCAGCCUGGGAUUCGAUGGUGCGUAUUUUUAUUUCUCUUUUGAAGGAAUCUAGAGUAAAGUUUAGAGAUAGAACUACAGCAAGAAGAUUAGAAAAAAAUUCUUCCAGCUAAAAUAUGAUUCUCAUGGAAACAUCAGUAUGUUUUUGUAUUCUUUGAUUGGGCAGAAACCGCUUAGCGCUCCCUACAGGGGUUAGAUGACAAUAUGAGCACCUCUCAAAGGGAUAAAGUUUAGUUUAAAAAAAGAGUUUUUUAAAAAAAGAGAAAAUUGAUCGAUUCAUCCUCUGUUGAUUAUAAUUAAAAAGAGAAAACGUUCAAAAAAAACGCCAAUUUAUUGAAUUUUUCUCAUGGAAAUGCAUCUUCUCAUAGAUUUCUCAAUAUUUGACUAGCAUGUCCCCUUAAGGGCUUCUAACUGAAAAUUCUUAAAGGAUCACUUUCGUAAGCUUUAGUGACUUUAUAGGGGAGGUGAAGCGGUUCCUAAAGGGGAGCCUUCAAGGACCUCUGAGGACCACUCCGGAGUUCUUAAUUUAGGCUUAUCCAAGUUUCAAGUUUUAUUUUUAUCGAAGCCGUUAGAUCUCUAAAGGUUAGAUUCUCUGAUCAAGUUUUUUUUUUCUAAAGUUUCAAGUUUUGUUAGUCCAACCGACCUCCGCUGACCAGACUCUCCGAGCCCCACUCGAAAGGGAUAAGGAAACAGUUCUGAAGUCGUGGCUAGCUGGCGGAAUCAGUGUUUAGGUCGUGUUUGAGUGGUGUAUUUGUGUGUGGGGGUGCGCAUAGAUGGGGGUGAGUGAGUGAGGAACCGGGGAAAACGAGAGACAAAAGUGGUGGAAGUCGACUUGACAUAUCAAGCAAGCAUUAGGCCUGUGGCGGCAGGGCAAGACCGUUUCUCGUUUCUUUUUUUCCUUUCUGUCUUCCUCGUCGUUUCUGUCGCGCCUUCGGAUCGGGUCCCCAGAUUUCCUGCCUUUUUGCCAGAUCUGUCUGUUUUGGCCUCUCCUCCUCCAGCCGUUUCGUUAGUCGUUUCGGGCUUCCGCGGAUCUCUCACGCCAUCGCCGUCGAUCCUUCCGCCUUUUUUUUCGGAGAGGACUGGAAUUGCUUAUUAGUUCACUGUUUCGUCGAGAUUUCGACGUCAUUCUCAAGGAUUUUGCAGAAGUUUACUUAACGACGUAUUGAUGAAAUCAGCUUUUUGAGCUUUUCCUCUUAUUUUCAGUGACUCGAACCUUUAUGAGAUCCGUCUGACCAGUCAAAUCCAGAGUUCUAGAUUUCCCUUAAGCUUUUUAUGAGUCGACCUUUUCAAGACUGUUGGCCAAUAGUUAUUUGGCCUUUUUCCUUAAUCAAAGUUCCUUUUCAUAUCAAUUUCAGAGUUGUUCAACUAACUGUCUAUGGUUUUUUUUUUUCAAGCUCAUUAAUUCUUACUAUUUUUCCAGUUCUAAUGGAAAUUAAAGAGUUAGAAAAGUUGAAAAUAAGAGAAUCUCUAUAAAUUAUACAUUUACAGAGUUUUUUUCAAAAUUUUGUUUAACUUUUGAUUUUUAGCUUGUUCUUUUCAGUAUCUAUCGACUUUUUUAGCAAAUCGAGUUAUUUUUUUUAUGUUUAUGUCAAAUAAGCUGGCACGUAUAUUUUUUUUUUUGUGUGUCCACCGAACACUCAAUUUGUGUUUUGAGGUGUUUUUCGUUGGCAAAAUUUGAUUGGCUUUACAAAAUUAGUCUUUUUGGGAUCUCGAAAAUCUGAAAAAAAAAGACUCGAUGUGUUCGAAUGAAACAGCCCUGACCAUUUGAGAAAGGUUGAAAGAUAUAGUGCCCAUGCCCUUAUUUGUCAAUCUCCAAUAGGGGAAGAAACGCCCCUCCGCUUCGAAUGAUUCGAUCAGAAUCGACCUUCAAAUUGCAAAAAUGUCUCGUCUUUCCGUUUCAGUUGCUGCUAGGAAUUGGCUUCCAAACGCCUUUUUGACCUUUUUUUUGUAUCUCAUUCGUCGCGCGACCUAAUUUCGUCUAAUUUAUCUUGGAAAAGCUCAAGUCCUGAUCCUAAGACUUUGAUAAUGUCAUCUGGAAAUAUUACAGUACGCGUAGAUUUUUAGCUGUUCAUCCCAUACAUAGUUCAAGCAAUUUUGUGAUAGGUUUUCAGAAACUUUUUCUUUUUUAGGAGAAUCAGAAUCGUUGGCUUAAGGCGAAUAGUUAGAUAUGUAGUUUGGCUGAUUCUAAUAAUUCAUUGAUUUGGAUUGCGAUCAAACAGGUUCUUGUGUAAAGACAUGGGAAGACUAUUUAUGGCUUUCUAAUCCUAAUUGGAUGUUUUCCCUAGGAGAAGAAUUCUUAUAAAAUGGGUCUCUCGAAGCGUGUAGCAGUUAUAAUAAAAGUAUUGAUGAGAAGCAAGACAGACAAAAAGUUUAAUUUGAAAAUUUAUUCUACACUAUACGAACUUUCUUGUUUCAUCGAAAAAAAAACGCAGUUCAGUUCAUUUUUUCGAUUCUUUGAGAAAACAGAAGGCUUUAAUGAUUUCGCCCAGUCUAUUCGUCUUUUUCUCUUUAUGACAUUUAUAAUGGAUGCUCAACACAAUAUUACAGCUUCCGAGAGCCGCUUUUCCUGCAGUAGAUUUUUCUCGUUUCUCACCUCUCCCCGCCAAAAAAUCUUUUUCUCCCUUCAGUUUACCCAAGCUUCUUCUACUUCUUCUCGCCUUCUUUUUCCUUUACCUGUUUGCGUCAUCCGUACUGUCGCUGUUUACUUUCAUCAGCUUCUUGAUAGUUUUUAAUUAAGUUCUUUGAAGAUUUAAUUGAGAAUAGAUGUUCUAAUGGUGGAAAGCAGCUGAACUCGGAAAAGGUAGAGAAAUUUUUCGUAGUUUAUGGUACGCCAAGUUUCUGUUAGUUAUUUGCAGUGGAACUGAAAAAAAAGCCAAAUUUCAAACUUUUCGAUUUAAAAAAAAGUGCUCCACAGAUCGAUCCUUUUGAUUUCUUUCAUCAAUUUUUUGAUAAUCGUACCGAAAAGAGAUGACAAUUAACGCCCUGUAUCCUUUUUUUAUCCGUGACGCACAUUUUUAGCUGAGAAAAAGCAAAGAAGAGUGUUUAUAUCUGUUUGCUAGAAAUUGAAGGAAGUUUCAAACAGAAGUGAGCUUCUCCCAAAGUUUGUCUUGUCUUGUACCUCUCCUCAACACACGGUAUGCGUACAAGAAAAGCGAGAGCCCGUCCCUUUUCCCGUCUGAAUCUCUUCGAUCUCGUUCAGCUUCGUGUUACGAACUGAACACGCUGCUCCGAAAUUCGCCUCGAACUGUGUUUUUAGGAGCUUUUUCCUCUUUUUGCUUGUCUGUUGAGCACCUCUUUGAUGUGUUGGCGGAGAUUUACAACGGAGGAUGUACCCAUUGUCUAUUUUUUACGGUUCGCCCAAAGGACAUUGUAAAAUUUCGCGAGCAAUUUUUGGAUUUCUUUAGUACUUAUUUCUAGUUUUUAGGAUAUUCUUAAGCAAGCUCUAUAUAAUCUUGAACUUUGAUUCUUCUGGACUCGAUCUUUUAAAAACCUCAACAAAAACUUUCAAUCAAACAAAAGAAAGGAACGAGUUUUAUCAUUUUGGCUACGCCUCACUGAUCAAUUUUCUUGGAAAUAUUUUUCCUGAUCUUACCGUGGCGGCUGUAAUUUUCCAAUUUUUAUCUGCCCAAUCCAUCCAUUCCAUCCGGCCCGCCGUACUGAGGUGAAGGACGUCGUCGGCAUCCGCGCUGUAGACGAUAAAGAUCUAUCCCAGAAAAGUCUUUCAGCGAUCGCCUUUGCGACGCCUCGUUUCUUCUUUUUUUGAGUGUUUUUUGUCCUUUGGAUUUUUUCCAUCGUUUUAUCAGAAGUUUUCUUUUGAAAAAGCUUCAUCUCUUCGACGAGAUAGCAUUUUCGGAGUUUUAGGGUUGAGUAGGAAAACAUCUGAAUAAUGUUAUCACUAAAUCACACGGUUGGCUCAAAAGAAAUUCGGGAAAAAAAUGCUUUCAUUUUUCGAAAAUGAUUUCAAUUAUGAAAAGAUGUAUCAUCAUAGUUUCAUCAUUGAAUUUAUUUUUAUAACGAUUUUGAAUAUGAGGCUAAAAAUCGAAUCAGUAUUUCGGAAACGGAAUUUUUUCUCAAAGUGUCCAGUUACUAUUCAAGAAUUAGAGACGAUUUAUUUCAAAGUUUAGGGGCCAUUUCAUUUUUUUAAAGACCUCGAUGAAAAAUUUUUCUAACAUAAAUUCGAAAUAAAAAGUUGAAAAUUACAGCAUGAACUUUUAGUUUAUUCAGUAAUCGUCAGAUGACACAAGGACCUUGCAGGGUUCCGAGAUUAUUUAUCAACUUCAUCAUCGGAAAAAUUCCGCCAUUUUCGAGCUGAUUUUAAUCAUACCAAGUUUCACCUCCUCUCUUUAAUUCGAUAGUUUUUUCUUCAAAAAGACAACAAGAAGUCACUUGACCGGCUACAGUUGGAAACAUCGUGCUCGAGCCACGUUUUUUCCUCAGCCUCUCAACAGCAACUCAUCUUCUCCUUCGUUGUUUCGUCAGCCAAAUGUUCUCAUCGUCAGUUUUUUUUUCUCGUGGGGCCGAUAGAUAGAUAUAUAUCGUCUCUUCUUUUCCACUCUCUGUUCCUCGUCGGAUCUCGAGAGUGCGCGGCGGCGGCCACAAAUUUACAACGCUUUGCACUACCAUCCAUCCGUCCGUUCAUCGGCGUCGUCGGUAGACUGCCUCCUUCUCAGAUAGGUCUAUCUGUAUCUAUCACUCUGUUCUUUUUGGUUUCUCUACCAUCAUGUUUCAUCAUAGGUUUUUUUUGUGAUUGAUCUGGACGAUUCUCGAAUUUGAUCGGUAUCAGUCCGGUCGGCGUGAACUUUUCUGAAAUGAAGGACUUUUGACUUUUGACAAGUUUUUUUGGAGGAAUUGUGGUUGGCUUACGUUAUUUAUAGUUCACUGAAGACGUAACUUUGAGGUCAAGGAGGUCAGUAAAAUUCAGGAAGUUUCCUAACUUUAAAUGAAUAUUAAUUAAAUGGAUUUUGAAAUUUUUACCUUUUGACUUUUUGAAAGUUUUCCUGACCAUUACAACUAUUUCAUACCAAGUUCUGGAUUAUGUUAGGUCUGAUAAUAAAAAGAUAAAAAAACUAGUUGAAAGUUGUCUUCACAAAGUUUAGACUUGAUGGUUUUUUUCUGAUUUUCUUUUCUCAAUCCGGAUUCCGUGGAAUUUUUAUAGGAUUUCUUGUGGCUUUUUUUUUGAAACUUGUUCAUUCUUGUUUUGAAAAAAAAGCGCCGAAUAGUAGUUUCUCGAGAUGUUCCGACAAAGGUCAAGCGGAGAAACGGCAGCAUCUUUCUCCCGCUUGCAACCUGGGAGCCACCUUUCGCGACGAGGAGUUGUGUCGCGAUUUGUUUGCGAAUCAGCUGAUCUGAGAGUCGCGCGUCGUCGUCGUCGCCGUCGCCGCCGGGAGUUGGCCUCCUCCGUCACUUGUUCUUCCUCCCCAUCAUCAACAAAACCUCUUUUUUCUUUCUUCUUGGAGUCAUGAGUUCGAGCUCAUCGAUUUUGUCAGGUCCUCUCAAAAAGCGGAGUGAUUGAAUGAACUUGUGAUUCGGCUCCUGGGAGAGAAAAAUAACCGGUUUUUUUCUAUCUGUUUACGUCGUCUGGCGGCCGUUUCAUUAGGUCCAGGUUCAACUUUCUCUAUCGAUUUUUUUAUAUUCCGAUUUAGGAGAUGUAGCUUAUCAGUUGAAAAUGGAACAGAAUAGGACGGCUACGCUUUAUUUUUCAGCCGUUUUUUUAAAUCGUAUUUACCGUUUUUACUUUGAUGGCAGAAGCGGAAAAUUUUUAAAAAUAUGUGACUUGAGAUUCUAAAAGAAAGACGAGGAGGAGAUUUUUAAUUUUGACUGAUUGAUAGGUGUUGGGUAUAUCACUUCGGCGUAAUUUCCUAGAAAAUUGAGAAGUAACGAAGAGGAAAGGAGAGUAAAGUAAGCUCUAGAAGGAAUAAACCUGAACAAAAUUUUUUCCUGAAAUUGUUACUCAACCAAAAAGUAAUUUUUCAGAAGUUUAUUGAAUUCAAAACCACCUGAAAAUAUCAUUCUAGCAAAAGUCCCCUUUUUAACAAUUUUGAACCUUACUUUUUUCAUAAUUCUCUUACCGGUGUCGUGCUGCUUCCAUCUCUCGAAGUUUUUUAUGUGUUCGUUGUGACGUCAUUGACCGUUUUCUAACACACCGAAUCGACCAGAUUUGAUUGGAUUUGAUGGUUUUUCAGUCGCUUUUCCAACAGUUCUUUCCUCUGUGCACCACACCGAUACUGCUUUUUUACGCUCAGAAAGUAACCUGAAACACCAACAAUAUUAUUUAAAACGUUGAUUUCAUUUUUAUCAAAUAUUAAUCCACGCCUUUUCAAGUAUACUAAUCUUUCAAAAUCCGUCGUUGAAAUUGAAAUCGUUGAUUUAUUUUUAUAAGGGUUUGAAGCUUGAAUAAAUAUAGUUCGUUCUGGAUAUUAAAACUAAAUUCAAAUGAAAAUAAAUUAUGUUUACGAUUUUCAAAACAUUUUCCCUAUUUUUGAAAAACUUUCAUGAAUUAACUUUCGAACAAUCUUUUCAAUCAGAACUCGCACAUUUUUUCAAGCUUCACCUGUACGCAUGAAACUUUACGGUUCGUAAUAUUGAGACUUUGAAUGAUUUUUCUAGAGGAGUUUUCAAAUUUCAAUUUUUGCUAAGCAUUGGCCAGUGAUCUUGAAAGAACGAACUGUGAGUUUUCAAGUGUAUUUUCCGUUGGUAGCAUGUAGAAUGGCUCGAUGCGCUGCUUAAGUUAGAAAUUCAAAGAUUCCUUGCAUUUCGAGACAUUCCCUUUGCGACCAACGGAUUCGAGAAAAAGAUCGUGUAGGAUCUAACGCGUUGAUUGUCUCUCAUAUCAUUAUUUUGCUCGGAAGCCAAGUGUCCAUCGGCGACGGUGUGAUUUUAGCCGCUCGCCGGAGCCUCGUCGUCGUCUUCGACGUCAUCAGGAGCCGUCGCAGCAGCAGGAGCGUCGUCGUCGUCGCAGAAGUGCCCGAGUCAAGCGUCGCCGGUGUUCGACGCCAGCGACUUCCACCACGAGAUGACGUCGGCGGAGCACGUCGCUGCAGCGCACGCCCUCUUGGCCAACGGUACUACCUCGAUCUCAUCUCUCUUUCUCUCUCUCUCUGCUCUCUGUGCGUUCAUCUUCGGCUUUUCAAAAUUCGAAAGCUUAUCUGCAAUUUCGAAAAUCGAUAGUUUUGAAAGAAGCAAAGAAAAAAAAAAAAUGGAAAAAGGCUUUUAUCGCAAGAAUUUGAAUCAAGUUUUGCUCCAAACCGCAGAUUUUAUGCUUUUUUUUAAAUAGACCCCUAUAAUCUUGAACGUUUCCGUGAUAAGCUGAGAAUGAACGCAAUUUGUCGUCGUUGUUUAAUCUUUUUUAACAGGCUGCUCGAUCUUAACAUUGAAUUUUUGUUUUUUUUUUUUCGAUUGCGCUUUAACAACUUUAAAAUAUCUUAAACUAUGAUUUCUUUAUUUAAAAAAAGUGCGCUCCAGCGAACGGCGCAAAAACGGAAAUUUUUAAUGUAUUUUUAUGGUGGUGAGAUUCUUCAAGUAAUCUUUUUAGGGUAUUUUAAUGAACGCGAACAAUUUUCGAAGUUUAUUUUUUUCUAAAUUGAAAGAGUAUCAGAAAAUUCAUAGCUCCAUUCCCAUUCAUUGAAGAUUAUUCCAAGUUCAAAUACCUAUAGCUAACUUUGAAACUUUUCAUCAAAAGUGGAUCAAAAACAGAAAUCUGUUUGAAAGUUUAACGCAAACGGUCAGUUGCUUGAAAAACUAUGGCGCAUGCGUUUAUUUACCAACACGCUUUAAUUUAAUUAUUCAAAAAAAAUAAUUUCCAUCUCCUAAAGUAUCAACUUACCUGAACUUCUUAGACUAGCCAAGAUGAGACAAAAAUUGAAAAAAACCGAAAGCGAAGAAAACAUGUCUAAUUGGGCAGAAACUUGUUUUUUAGGAGGUGCAGUUAGGUUGAUUUGAAUUGAAUCGGGAAGAUCGUUUCUUUUUCAUUUUCUUAGUUAAUGGUUAUUGGGAGAAGGAGAAAUUAGAAUUCGAACAAACUGAAUGAUCGCAUUUGAAAUGGCUUGAUCUGAAUAUGUGAAGCUUUUUUGCUGUCAUCACGAGAUGCAACCGCGACGCGUUGAAGUAAGAAAUCGUGUUUAGAUAUUCAAAUUCGAUAUUUUUUAUAUUUAGGUUAAUUCAGGAAGUUUUCAUAGUUUGGAUCAUGGUCACAUUUGGAAUGGUUCAAUGAUUUUUGUGGACAAAAAAACAACUCGCGCACUGCAUAUAAGAAAAAUAGUCGAAAUAAAUUUCGCGUUGAGCCCUUGUUAGUGCCGCCACGAACUUUUAGAUAAUGAAAAUGGAUGAAAAAUUCAAUUCAGAAGUACAAAGACAGCUGAAGGGAAAUAAGUAAAAUUUUAUCAAAUCGUCCUUGCAGUUUUGAAACAUUUCUCGUUUUGACACUUGAAAUCUAAAUGACGGAAAAGAAGAUAGUUUCUAGAUUUGGUGAAUUUUAGCGAGAAAACUUUUGAAGUUAUAUUUAACGCAUGUAGAGUAGGCUUUUAUCAGAAAAAAAAGGGGAAAACGAAAACGUUGUUUAAAUGAAAAAAUAGUUAGGUUUAAUAUUUUUUUAGACUUUACCGUAGCGCGUUGAGCCAUUCCAGAUGAGAAAGAACCUUUGGAGUAUUCGAGAACGGAUCAUGUUAAGAAAAUUUCGAGAAGAACUAAUUGGCUUGAACUUUUAAAAGCUCACUUUAAGAUUUUAAUUGAAACCGGUUUUGGUUUGGACAAGCCUCGUUUUAAGAUCAGACAGUAUCAAAAGUGAGAAGGGAAGAUAAAGAGACGAGUGGCUUUGUGUGUGCGAUGCGAUUCCCUUCGAUUCGAUUGGAUCCUGCGGCGGCGGCUCUCCGGAGUGGACGUUGUAAAGCAGACGAUGGCUGUUCCUCCUCCUCCUUCUCUUCUUCCUCCUCGUGCCACCUCGACUUUUUUCUCGGCCGCAACUUCUCGAGCUCUUCGCUGAUAUCAGACGACUUCUGAUGGGCGACGACGUCGAGGGCGCCGUCACGUCGGCUUCAUCGCCGAUCGGCCUCGUCCCACAGUCGAUUCCCACUCUCAGUGGCGUGCAAUCAGGUUGUUUAGGAGUGGUUUCUGGAGUUUCUAGAGCUUACAAGGAUGAGAGUGGGAACUGAAGCAGAUUCUUUUUCGAAAUUAAUUCUCUUUUUUUCCUGUUUAAUUUUUUUAUUGAAUAUUAAAUAUAUCUUAUUUAAGAAUGGUUUGAAAGCUUUUUGUUCUUUCGAGGACGUUGAUUUUUUGUGUAUAAUAAGUGUUCAAGCUAGGUUCUUAUGAGUGUUCUUUGAGUUUCUCGAUCGUUUAGUUGUAAUCUUGAGAAAGAUCGUAGAUUUAAGUUAUUGGCGAGUUUUUAUUUCCGAGGAUUUUUUGAAUCAAGAUAUUAACAUUUUUAAAUGAUUGGAGAGAAUAUUUAGAUUUUAAAAAUCUUCGCGACAUUUUAAUUUCCUAAAGAAGUUUUCUUCUACCGAAUAUUUUGAAUUUUUUUAAGGAGACAUCCUUCUUGGCUCAUUUAUAGAACAAAACAAGAAAAGUUGCCGCCGCACGCGCAGCGCGUAUGAUAUGCUGAGCGGUUUUUUUUUCCGCGCAUUUUAUUGCUUCUCGUCUUUUUGGUUGAAUUAUGUUGAUGGUUCAACAGAUGGGUUAGUAGUUAAUUAGAUUCGAAGGGUUUGAAAAAAUUUCCAAAAUAAAAAUUUUUGUUAUAUUGUCUAAUGGUCUCAAACAGCUUUUCUGAAGAGAAUUUUAUAUUUUUUUCAAUUUUUGAUCGACUCGCGAUAAACCUCUCCUUUUCAGUGAUUUUUUCUUUUUAAAACUAUUUUAGUCAGUUAAUUUAUUAUUUUUUCAGGGUCAAAUGGCGUCCCGCAUCACCCUCAGCAGCAGUACUCGGUGGAGUAUCUGUCGCAGUUGCUCAAGGACAAAAAACAGCUCGCCGCCUUUCCCAACGUCUUCCACCAUUUGGAGCGGCUAGCGGAUGAAGGUGAAUGCCUUGAUAAUGGUUUCUCGAUGAGAAAAUCAGGAUUCCUUGCGAAAUUACUUUUUCAUAGUCUUCAUUUUCUUUCAUUCUAGCAGGUUUUUCCGAGUUUUUAAAAGCUCACACAGUAUCGAAAUGAUUUUUUUUGACUUUAAAUAACCACGGAAAAUUUUUGUAUGUCUUUCGCUCUCAGUUGAAAGAUGCUAACGACUACAUCGUUCUAUUGAAAAAAACGAGAUAAAAGCUAUUUUUCCAACGUUUAUUCAAAAUGUGUAAAUUUUCUAUGAUAGUUUUUUUUCCGAAUAAUGUAUAUUCCUUACUGUACGAAAAGAAGUUAUACGUUUUUAUCGUCAUUAGUAAAAUUCGAAAAUUUUGAAUUUUUUUUUCAAAAUUAAUCAUCUUCUGUACGUUUUUCUUAGAUUUCUAUUUUUUUUUGUAUCGGCUUUUUUUUCGAUUCCUUAGAAAAACGCUGAAAUAAUAAAUCUUGUUCCUACGAUAAGAACUGUACAUUUUCGAUAAAAUUCACUAUGUCUCAACGAUUGAUUUCAGAAAUCAGUAAAGUGCGGGUGGCGUUGUUCCAGUUCGAGUUCACCAAGGACCAAGUCGCGCUGCCAGACGCCGAGGGCGAGGUCCAGGUUACAACGGAGAAAGUGUUCGUGCCAGCCAAAGAGCAUCCUGACGUCCGUUUUUUGUCUCUUCAGACUUUUUUUUUGUUGAAAAUCAUGCUAUUGCUCCAGUGGUACACUUGCUGUUGGCUGACGGCAGGUGUUACUUUUCUUUUUUCUCACGAAAAUCGGGUUUACGGAACUAGAAAUGAGAUAAAUGGAUUCUGUAGAGGGCAUUUCAAAAGCUAAGUUUUUUUUUCAAGCUAUUGGAUGAGUUUUUCAAAAGAAAGUUUCCUUACAGGUUUCUUGAGUAUUUUACAGAAAUUAUAGCCUCUUUAAAAAUCACAAAAUUUUUCUGUUUGAUCUUUGAAAAAUUUCCAUUUUUGCAGUACAAUUUUUGUCGGACGGAUAUUGGGCCCACGAGGAAUGACAGCCAAGCAACUUGAGCAGGAAACCGGCUGUAAAAUCAUGGUCAGAGGACGAGGAUCCAUGAGGGACAAGAAAAAGGUGAACUGUUUGAUUAUUUUCAAAAAUUAAUUAAUCGAAAAUUGGAAGAAAGUCGAUAGGAAAAUUUGAAUGAACCAGUUUUUGUUUUCAGGAAGAGAUGAACCGAGGAAAGCCCAACUGGGAGCAUUUGUCCGAGGAGCUCCACGUCUUGAUCCAGUGCGAAGACACGCCAAACAGAGCUCGCGUCAAACUCGCUCGCGCGGUCGAUGAAGUCCGAAAACUGCUGGUGCCAGCUCCAGAAGGCGAGGACGAGCUGAAGAGGAAACAGCUCAUGGAGCUAGCCAUCAUCAACGGCACUUACCGGUCCGGAGCUGAUCAGAGCGCCCUUGCCGCCGCACAAAUCGCCGCCGUCAAGCAACAGCCUCUCGCAGCCGCCAUCCGUAUAUCAACAAUUUUGUUUUUAGACACGAUUCUUCGUUUUCAGAGGCCGCGAUGAACGCACAAGCGCAAGCCCAAGCUCGAAGCGUUCUUCCGAUGUUGGCGCGCUCGCCGACCCUCGCCGUCGCAGGAGCUCCGAUCGUGAUGAGCCCCAGCAGCAGAGCGACGAACGCCGCCGCGACCACCCAGGCCGCCCUGUUCAUGCAGCAACAGUCGCAGCUGCAGAACGCGCAGUCGGGCAACGCGGUCGCCGUCGCCGCCGCCCAACAAGCCGCUCUCCUGCAGCAGCAGCAGCAACAACAACAGCAGGCCGCCGAGUACCAGCAGCUCUUGCUUAGGUCUGUUUCAAGAAAAGUCCGACAAGAUUGCUUCGAUUUUGAAGUCUGUAGCGAUAAUAGCAGGGAAAGUAACGACGAAAACAGUAGUGAUCUGAACAAAGUUUUAGAAACUUUUAUUUUCUAGUUUUAUGUUUCUGUGUGUUUAACAUGAACUUUUGGUCUAAUCAGUAUGUCUCCGAUAAUAGUUCCAUCGGAAGUCGAGCUUUCGAAAAUAUUGAAUUAAUCGAUUCACAAAGCAUGACAAAGUUGACGUCGCUCGUUUUUGCAUAUUAUAAAAAAAACAAUUAUAUUACCGAAAUCUAAUUUUUCUAUAAAACAUUUUGAUGGAAAAGUUUUGCAUGAAAAUUGGGAUCUUCUAUCAGAAAAUUUGUCCUAUUCAGAUAAAAUAGAUAAAAUUUGAAUUUUCAUCACAAGGAAAAGGAAGAUAUGCAACUUCAUUCAGACGGUAGAAGAGUAAUGUUUUCUUUGCAGCCAAGGCCUGUACGACCUGAACGCAGCGGCGGCCAUGCAGCAGUACGCAGUCGCGGCCGCGGCGCAGAACAACGUGGCCACGUCGCAGUACGGAGUCCUCGCCAGCCAGUACGCCGACUACGCCGGCGUUGAUCUCACCGCCCAGGCUGCCACUGGUGGGUACACAGUUCGCCGAUGGGCUUGAAAUUGAAUCCUUAUAGUCCUUCUCCUCAAUACUCAUGUUUUCCUUACCCCUUUUUCGUAAUUAUUCUAUAUUUUCAACUCUAUUUAUUUACUUAUCCAACGUGUAUGUAGAUAUUUAUUGUUUUUCUCAUUCAAAAAGUGAUAAUCAAAUGAAUUACAUAUCAUUCCUUGAACAGUUGAUUCCAUUCCCUAUUAGACCUUUGGGUGAUCUCAUUUUUUAAAUUAAUAACUAGAAAGUCUGAAAGGAACCCACAUGAAACGCUUUUUUGCAUGCGAUUAAUCGUAAACUCCGUUCGCCACCAUUUUGAGCCUUUUCUGUCUGGGCUCUCUUUUCCCUAGGCUGUAUAAAAUGUGAGAGUGAGCAGACGGUUUGAAUUUCUCAGAAAAGAAUCAAGUUGGAGGCGAAUGGACUUGUUGUCAAAAGUUCCGUUUGUUUUGAAACCAGCAUUUUUUUAAAGAUUAAUUAUGGAAUUAUAAUGCUUUCGGGAGGGAAAGUAUAUGUCAAAGAUAACUUUAUGUGUGGCAUGAUGUCCAUUUUUUUCGCUCAUCUUUUAAUUUUCAAAAUUGGUUAGUUCAGACUCGCACAAAGCGCUGAUCUCUAUUUUAGUUUUUUUUUUUGAGUGUAAAGAUCUGAAGAGAGAUCAACGGCCGCCUGAAGAGACGUCAGAGAAGUGAAGAAUUUCGCGUUGUCUGUUGUAUCUUCAGGCCGCUUUUGAUUUCUCGCUUGAACUUUUGAGACAGUUUUUUAAAAAAAAAGUUUAAAAAAGUUCUGUAUUUCAUUCAAACAAUCUAAAUUUUUUCGAGGCUCAUAUUACAGGAGUAUCUUUUGCUACAAGAAAGAAGCCGUUUUCUAGAAGUAAUUUUAAGAAAGUCGAUUUAGUUAUCAAAAUUUUUUAAUGAGAAAAAUGGUUAGCAUAAUAUCUUAGGCUACGCUCUCUAAAAGCUAAUAUGUGCUUUUUGAUAAUCAUCUGAGUUGUGAGUUCUCUAGGCUUCUCGCACUCCUUAACUUGAGUUGACGCGAAAGUUUCCAUGCAAGAAAAAAUGUUGACGUCGAGCAAAACACAUGAAAACUUGAGAUAGCGUGUUUCCCAAUACCACAGAAAAUAGUAAAAGGAACGGUCGUUUUUUUUCUUUGAGAGAUAUAUUUUCCACAUGCUUUUUCUCUCUACAUCCUCUCUAUCAUGUUCUCUCUCUCUCCGGCUGUUUCUGCCUAACACGGUUACUUAUUCCAGGUCCGAUGCUUAACAGCCGUCGGAUGCUCGGCGCCACGCGCGACCAUCCCUACAAGCAGUAG